UUGCGAGUGUAGUCGCUGAUGUCACCAUGGAGCUGUGGGAGAUGCUGAUGUGACAGCGAGGAGGAGAAAAGCGAUGCUUUUUUAAAACCAGCAUAAGCAACAAUAAGCAUUUCAUUGGAACUUAGCGCUCUGCGGAAAAUUGUAAUUCAAAUUGAAAUGAUGGGGUUUUCACAUUGUCAGCGGUUGUAAGGAAAAGAUCGGCAAGGUUUACCACACCCGACUCCCAGAGAGGUAAGACGGAGCAGCGAAUGGUGAGUGGCGGUUGGCUGACAGGCGCCCCCUAGAGCCCAAUGCUGGGAUCUUUAUCUGGACAGCGCCUAAGGGAAGUGGUGACAGGAUGAGUGGGGGAGAGGAGCAGGUUGACAUCCUCACCGGCGGCGUCCUGGUCAAGGAGCGAUGGAAAGUGCUCAAGAAGAUUGGCGGCGGUGGGUUUGGAGAGAUCUACGAGGCUGUGGACCUGCUGACCCGCGAGAGCUUGGCUUUGAAAGUGGAGUCAGCACAGCAGCCAAAACAGGUCCUCAAGAUGGAGGUGGCCGUGCUGAAGAAGCUGCAAGGUAGAGACCACGUGUGCCGAUUUAUCGGGUGCGGACGGAAUGACAGAUUUAACUACGUGGUCAUGGAGCUGCAGGGGAGGAACCUGGCAGACCUGCGGCGCAGCAUGUCCCGGGGCACCUUCACCAUCAGCACCACCCUGCGGCUUGGCCGACAGAUCCUGGAGUCCAUCGAGAGCAUCCACUCUGUGGGCUUCCUGCACAGAGACAUCAAACCGUCCAACUUCGCAAUGGGCCGUUUCCCCAGUACCUGCAGGAAGUGCUACAUGCUGGACUUCGGUCUCGCUCGACAGUUCACCAAUUCCAGCAUGGAAGUCAGACAGCCUCGGCCUGUGGCUGGAUUCAGAGGCACGGUACGGUAUGCAUCCGUCAAUGCGCACAAAAACAAGGAGAUGGGUCGGCACGAUGAUCUCUGGUCCCUGUUCUACAUGCUGGUGGAAUUCAUGGUUGGACAGCUGCCUUGGAGGAAAAUAAAGGAUAAGGAGCAAGUGGGGAAGCUGAAGGACACCUACGACCACCGGCUCAUGCUGAAGCACCUUCCUCCUGAGUUCACUGUCUUCCUCGAUCACGUCCUCAGCUUGGACUACUUCACAAAGCCCAACUACAUGCUGCUGAUGUCGGUGUUUGAAAACAGCAUGAAGACUUUCGGUGUGGUGGAGAAUGACCCUUACGACUGGGAGAGAACCGGGACUGACGGCACACUGACCAUCAAUGCCACCUCCAACAUCCCCCAGCUCCACACCAGACAGACCCCUGCAGCACUGGGGAUGGCAAAUGCCUCCCUGAUGCCUGGAGACCUGUUAAGGGAGAAUACUGACGAGGUGCUGCAGGACGAGCAGCUGAGCGAUGGGGAGAACUGUCUAGAGAGACUGCCAGGCUCGCCAGGACACCGGCUCCGAAACCAGGAGAAAGACGUGUGGGAGGAAAUGGACCACAACUGCAACCGCAUCAGAGCCCCCUUCUGGAAGGCUGCCACAGAGGAGGAGCACAGUCAGAAUCAGGGGAACAACAGCCCACUCGCGGGGCCCGGCAUGGACUCUCCUAUGCGGGUGUGCUCGGAGACCAUGCAGUCAGACAAGGAAGCCCUCCUACUGAGGAAGUUACGCUCCAUCCACAGCUUCGAGGUGGAGAGGAGGCUUUCCCUGGAGCCCAAGCCCAGCACAGAGUGCUUCCUGGAGGCAUGUUCUGGAAAGCCACAAGAAGCCCUGGAUAAGGAGGCGGCAGUGAAACUUCUUUGCCAGCAGGGUGGAGCCACAGGCACAGGCCGCUUAAACAGGUUGUGGCACUACGACGAGGAGCUCCUGCCUGAAAGAUCCAAGCUGGGCUCCCCUGUGUCCAGCAGUGGCUUCGUGGCCCUCAACCUGAGCUCUGGCCGGCAAGACAUGGAAUCCCAAGAGUGGGUGCUAGUGGACCGGGAGCAUGAACUUCAGGACUUCCGGGCCUCUGUACAGGGAGCCAAAGUAACCAGCAGCCCCUCAGAUGAGGAGCCAGAGGUGCUGCAGCUGGCAGAGGAAUCCCCAUCCACAGAGCAGCCUGGAAAUGCCCCAGGAUCAGGGCGGGAGAGCGCCGAGGGGAUGGGCCACGUGGUGCCUGGACUCAUGCUCAGGACUGACCGGCUGGAGCUGAGCAUGGGAGGCCAGCUUCCAUCCAUCACCCCUACUAGCCCUGCAGAGGCCCUGGCAGAGGGAGCCCUGAUGCAGCUCACUGCCCCCCGACCAUCCAUACAAUCUAUGCAGUCUGCUAGUGAGAGUGAGCCACAGUGCCUCCUGCUGGAGAGGAGGGAUGGGGACUGCCAGCUGAGAGACAGGACAGUCGAGCUUGACUCUCCACAGGAAAGGCCUGGAAAAACGGCACUCCAAGGGGCAGAGUCGGAGGGACAGAAUGCGGUGAAGGACGAGGGAACAGAGGAAGCAGGAGAGGAGAGGGUGAAGCUGCCCACUCCCCUCCCUCCCGAGUCCUCUGAAGGCCAGCAAGUUCCCACAACUGAUUCCCUGGGAGACCAGGAUCUGAGCCCAAAGACUUCCAGCCCUGUGCCAAACCUCAUCCCAACACAUGACUCUGCCAGCGCCUUCGCCAAUGGAAACGCCUCCCAGCCUACAGAUAGUUCGCAAAGCCCAAUGCCCCAAAUCGGGGAGUACAGCACUUACCAGGAGCUGAUGGACCCUGAGAGUGACUCCAGGUACCCCGACAGAUCCACAGAACCGCAUUUUCUCCGUUUUGCUCAGCCCGAUGGGAGCCUAGGGAAUAUGAAGAGGGUCUGGAAAGAAAAUGGAGCCGGUGGUUCAAAGACAGCCCCGGACAAAUCCGCUACGAACGAGGCAGCGACGGAGGGCAGGAGGGAUCCGUUUAGAAGGGUAAGCCGUAUCCCUGUGCUGGCGCCGGAGGUGGACCCGGUUCUGGAUUUGUUGACGGCCCUCUCUGCAAAAGAGAAGCUGCUGCAGAAGAAGGUUUAUCAGACCGAAUCCUGGCGGCCUCCACCAGACAAGAGGCAGACAGCAGGCGUACUGGGGGAGCAGUCCUCAGCCUCAGAGCGCUCCCAGGAUGAUCGGGCUCCACUCUCUGACGAUGAGUCCUGCCUGGGCUCCCAGUCCGAGCUGCAGUCAAGCAGGCAGGGGGAGGAGCCUGGCUCUAUGUCUUCCUCCACCAGCCCCAUCUCCCGCAAGAGCAAGAUCCCCCGGCCAGUGUCCAUCCCCAGCACCGAGCAGCUCGUCCACACCUCUGCACCAUUCCUGCCACACCCGCCCCCUGGGAAACCCUCUAGCCAUUCCUCCAUCGACGGCAGGUUGCGCCGAUACCGGAUCCUAAGCAGCAGCAGCACUGAUUCGGACCUGUUCUCCUGCCUGGCUCAGAUCAUCCAGAAUGGCAGCAUUCCCAAGAGCAGGGCCUCCACACAGUCCAGGAGCCCCUGCUCCCAGCGCAACACCAAAAUCCCUCCCAACAUCCCUUCUACCCCCCACCGGAGCACCAGCGCCUCCCCCCGCAGCGCCUCCCCCCGCAGCGCCUCCCUGCAGCGAUCUCUCAGCUCCUCUCCAUCUCGCAGCGGCUGCAGCAGCUGUCUGGAGCACCGCAAUGGAGGCCUUGGCUGCAGCCGCUCCCCUCCAAGUUCCUCGGGCUCCCCCCCGCCUCGCCGAUCCUACCCCCAGGAGACUUGCUGUGGCAGGCAGGCCCGCUCCAGCUCCUUCCAUGCAACCUGCGGCAAGAGUUCCAACAGGGAGAGCAAAGCCUCCAGUAAAGUCAGUAGAUAAUAACUUCUUAAGACCUGGGUCCUCUAUUACUGCUUCACUGACCUGUCACAUUGCACAUUAUUUCGGGGAUGAGGGGGGGGUAUCUCCUUCAAUAUUUUUUUUAUUCUAACUUUAACGAAUGGUGCCCUGAGGGUCCAGGAUCUACUGAAGGAGAAUCAAACACACCAUGAAAAAAGAUCCCACAAAAGCAAAGAUGCCUACACUGUAGGUCUAUCCAUAAUAAAGGGUUAAAGGGGCAGUGUCUCACUGGUUUUUCAAAAUACUUUUCAUUCUUUCCAGCCUGUGCAAAACCAUGUGGAGUAUGAACAACCCCCCACACCCCUCACCCCCCCACAUUUAUGUUGUAGCGCAGCAUUGAGAUUGUAGAUGUCAUUCAUAGAUCCUCCCCUUGCUGCUGUGGGUGGGGCUUGCCUGCGAGACCUCACAGAGGGAAGAAGGAGAGUGAGUACAUCAAUACCUUUGUGGAAUGUAAACCAACUGGACAAGGCCUUUCCCCUGCUCUCAAACUAUGGAAGAAUGUAGUAAACAAACACCAAGGAAUAUUACUUUAAAGUCUGAACACAAUUGUGGAACACUACAGCUUUAAACACCAUUUAAUCUUGGUAAUGGUUGCUGUGGUCUUACUUACUGAAAUAUUGUUGUCUUUCACUCUAUUUUAUUAAUGCUAUGGUACCCCUAACACUGCUAGGUGUCUUUUGAGUACCAUGAUUCACUUGAAUACUAAACACAGGCAGUGGUGAAAUGUGAACGGUAAUGAAUUAGCCAAAGCCCUACUUGACUUACUUUCUUAUAGUUGAGUCUUUAGUAUUUUAAAUCUAGCCUUAAUAACAUUGUCUUAAAGGAAGAACAAAUACAAAGCUACAAUGGGAAUUAUCCUGUAUAACUAAAUUAAAUAGAGCCCAAUUAUAAACCCAGAGGCGAGCAAAACCUAAAAGCUUUUUAAGAAGCUGUUGCACUCGUGUCUAGGGGGUGUUGUUGUCUUGUGACAGAGCCCUGUGAAUCAAGGUAAACUUGGAACAGAACGAAAAGCAACCCCGACCCACAGAUUGUGCUUGAGAGCCACAUAGCAUCAGCGCCUGCUUUUACACAGGGAGAACUACAUAGCAGCAGGUGCAGAUGAGAUCAGUGUUCAUGGAAACAUAGUGCCACCUACUGUCCUCGCUGUGAUUGUGUUCAUCUAUUCUGCUUGUUUCAGUUCCAAAGUCUAUUGCACUUUGCUGUCUGUAGAGUGGCUAAAAUUAUUUAGCAGAAUUUUUUUAAUGUA